CUUUCUCUCUUCGACUUUUAUUGAGUUCUUUUGAAGCUUCGCAGUAAAAUAUCGCCUAACGUUGCAAAGCGGAAGGAUCUUCCAUUUCUAUUCUCAUGGAGGACAAAGGAAAUGAUGGAGAACAAGGAUCUGUAGAAACGAGUGCAAGCAUGUUAGGCGGAAUUGAAUUUCAAGAACCCUAUGUGGGCAUGGAGUUUAAUUCUGAAGAAGAUGCUAGGAAAUACUAUGUUGAAUAUGCUAGACGGGUGGGAUUUGUAGUACGUAUCAUGCAACGUCGCCGUUCAGGUAUAGAUGGUAGGACUCUUGCCCGUCGACUUGGAUGUAACAAACAAGGUUUCUCUCCAAAUUGUAAGGGCCCAAUUGGACCAGACAAAAAGCCAAGGCCAAGUGCGCGAGAAGGUUGCAAGGCAACAAUUUUAGUGAAGUUGGAAAAAUCUGGAAAAUGGGUUGUUACAAGAUUUGUAAAGGAUCACAACCAUCCUCUAAUUGUUACAGCAAAUGGGUUCAUCACACCGGGUGAUAAAGACAAGAAAAUUGAAGAACUGACUAAGGAAUUAGAGCGCCAAGAUCAGCUAUGUGCAGCAUAUAGAGAAAAGCUAAUCCGUUUCAUGAAUAAUGUGGAGGAGCAAACACAAGAACUGUCGGAAAAAAUUCAAAUUAUUGUAGAAAAUGUAAGGAAAGUUGAAUCCGAAGUGCAAAAGAAUCCCUUAAAUAGAAAGUCUUGGGGUUCAUCCUGAGUUCUAAAUUAGCGUGAUUCUGUACAUAAUUCCACAUCCGAUCUUCAUCAACUCUCGCUUUACUCUGUAUAGUAGUUUGUUACAUAAUGGAACUGAUGCUUCAUGUAUAUCUUCUAUGUUAAGGCUGGCUAUUUUUUAGGGUUUGUUGUGGUUCUUAUCAGUGUUGUUCUUGUCUGUAUUUAUUUUGUAUUUUAAAUUUAAAAUCAUGAUACUUUUUUUUUCCUUUU